AUGGCGGGGUUGGAAUCGGGCUACCUGGACCUUGACGGGGUGAGACUGGGUUACCUGCGGAUCAAUGGGGUGCCGAUGUUCGCCUUGUCCCAGGUACUGACGGGGCUAUUCAGACAUGUGCCCAAGACCACGAUCCGAAAGCGAAUGGAACACCUGAAGAUCAAAAGGCGCCGCUGUGACCUCAGAGAGCUGAGGGGUCUCAAAGCCAUUAACUCGGUGCCGGUGAGGGCAGUCAAAUGCUCUCUCAUUUCCAAAGAGGAUCUACAAGCCUUGUACACCGUUUACAAACGACCGGGCGCCAACCAAAAGGGGAGCAUUGAGGUCAAGGAGGCGAAGGGGGCAACGCAGAUGACGAGACCGGCCGCCGAGGGCUAUUUCUCGGGGUUCUGCAAAGGGGUUUUGCUGGAGUCCCGGGGAUCCGCUUUCCUCUGGGGGCAGGAAGAGGACAACAAGCCCCGAGGCAGGUCCAUCCCAAACAAUGCCACUGUCAACGGCCAACGCUGCCAUUCGCUCGCCGGCAACUGCGGGGAAAGCCUCUGGAACUUGCCAAACGUGGCGAGAUCCUCUUCCUGCCCCGGGUCCGGGCAGCGAGAUGUCUUUUUGCACAACGUGGGGCUGUGUGGCUUCCCCAAGGCGCUCCAUCCAGCCAUUGCCUCUCGCCUCAAUAACACCACCACCAGCACCAACCGCCCGCUUCAGUCCAGGUACAAAUAUUCCUGUUGCACCGAGAGCCAAAGGUUGGCGAGCGGCCUGGGUCAUCACUACCAUUGCUCCUGCACCUCCCCAACGCUGACAUGUGUCCACCGGAUGGUCCUCUCUGGAGAUACAAAGGGUUUGGGUGAAGCCCAUUCCGUUCAAUGUGCUGUCAGAUGCUCCAGCGAUUCUGAUUGCAGCUUCGAUCCCGAUAACGAUUCCCGAUCCACUGAUGAUGAUGAUGAUGAGGAGGAGGAGGAGGAGGAGGAGGAAGGAGAAUCGCUAUUUUCCGCCUCCAGCAGCGAAGACGAAAGCUCCAGCGCCUCCGAUUCCAGUUCGGUUUGUAGCGGCGCCUCUCUGCACAGCACCCGCUUCAGGAGAGCCACCCUCCCCCAGCUCACCCCGGGGCCCGAUCAGUCACCUCACCCGGGACACAGGCCACCCACUCGCCCACCUUGGCUCUGCUCCGAGCCUCCUAACCCCCAUCCUCGUCGGGUCGAGCGAGAAAGGACAAGCGGUGGCUCCAGUCGGUCCCUUUGUAACGUGAGCGCAGUGGCCAACUCCCUGUCAGACAGAGAGAACCACAGUUACAUUUGGCCACUCCUGACCCCCAGUCAGUGGGCAAAGCGCGGAGACUGUCCCGCUCUAACUCGCCUGGAGAAGAUAGCGGAAUCCUGGCAACAAAGGAACUCUUUACACCGAAAGGCCCGGCCCCGGGCGGCUGUUUUGCCCCCAGUGCCGGAGGACAAGAAGGACUCGACAGCCAACGAGCCGGUGGACAACGGGGCUCCGUUGGAUCCGAACGCGCAACAAGAUGGGAGGGUUAAGCUACGGUGCCGGAGCUCUGGGCCCCCGACCCCUUCGCCAGACCCCGACCCCGACCCCGAUCCCGACCCCGGGCCAGAGCACCUCCCCAGCCGCCUCCCCAGAGCCGACACCCGGCCACCGGGAGGGAAGGAAGGAGCGGAGGAGGGCUGUGAUGGCAAAGCAAAGCAACGCAGAGCCAAACAGGGAGCGGACGCGCGGAGGGCGAAUUGGAAUGAAAACGGUGGGACCGUCCAAGCAGUCGGCAAACUGUGUGAGCACAUCCCCCUGGAACUCACUACCUCAAAGGGAAUACAAAACCACAGCACUUUACAAAACAGCCCCUCUGCCCCUGACGGCUGGGAUAAUAGAGGCAGGAAGAGACAUAAAGCCGGGAGCGCUGAGCCGGAAAAGAGAGAUACCUUGAAAGGAUGUUUGGAGAGGACAUCUGGUGGGCUGCAGCCAUGGGGGACAGCCACGGGCAAAAGGGGCAAUUCGCCGAGAGAGGCGCAGAAGUGCAAACGUAUCACUUGUGGAUUGGCAACACCGGUGAAGAAAGCUUUUAGUCUGAUGGCGAAUUUCCCCUCCCCACCUUCGCUGGUGGUGGGCGCUGACGGGGAUUUGAGCCCCGCUUACACACUUUGCAGGAACAACUGUCAGUCACUGCACAAGUCUCACCCUCUGUGCAAGUGGCAGAUUGGAGGGACGGUGAUCCCUCUCCCACCCAGCCAUAAAUUCAGGACUUUUAGCCUUUAACCCUUUAACCAGCACCAGCCAAUGUCUUAAGGUUCUCGGCGCAAUGCCUGUAGCGAGCGGUAAGGUUUUGGGAGGGAAGGAUGUCUGUUAAGAAAUGUUUUUUUUGCAAAAGCUUCUCUUCCAGUUGUUCAGAGUUCGUGUCGUUUCCCCCACA